AUGGGUAUUAAAGGCGACAAAAAAGCUACCAGCGAUCAAGCGCGACUUCAGCGACUCACAGCGGAAGGAGUUUCCGGAACAGAGGAGGAUAUACAGUUGAUGAUCAAAACUAUUAUUGAAACUACCGGAUGCACACAAUCACAAGCCGAGAUAGCAUUGUUGGACUCUGACAACAAUCUCUACGGAGCUAUUGAUCACAUCCUGGAGGCUGGCGAUAAACUUGAUUCAUGGACUGAGCAAAAAGGACCAAAAAAGGAGAAAAAGAAGUCGGAUGAAGGCAGUUACAACAGCAGAAGCUUUGUAGCAAGAGGAAGAGGUGGAGGAACUGGUUUCGUUGACAGAGGAGGUCGUGGCCGAUCUAAUGGAGCCCCACGCGAAAGUCGAGGAGAAAGCCGAGAACAUAAUCGUGAGACUCGUGAUAAUAAAGAAGGUGGAGCCCCUCGCCCAACCCGUGGCGGUUUCGAACGGCCCUACGUUGGUCGAGGAGGAAGAGGAGGUGGUAGCAGAGGAGGUUACUCCCGAGCUGUUGCACCGUCUUCAACUCUCGAAGCAGACGCCUUCACUGCCGAUCUCGACGAGAACUCGACGACAAAAGUGGAUACAACAGUGACAGAAGUGCAACCACCAGUAGAAGAAUCGGUCACUGCAACUGUGGCGACAUCGUCGGCCCCAGCACCGAUUUCCUUCGCGGCUGUUGCAGCUGCAGCUCACCGCAAGGAGGCUCUCCGAAAGCAGCAAGCUCAAAAUCCCCAACCUUCUGCACCACCACGGAGGAGUUUGUCUCCACAACCACCCUUGUCAGCAGCAGCAGCUGGAACAUCCCCGGCUAAAGAGGAGCCCGAAGCGGCCACAUUCUCGGAGCCAGAAACGUCACAUCAACAGGAAAGAGAAGAUGGAUUCUUCCAAAGUGAACCGUCGGCCUUGGCAGAGGAACAGACACCUAAUGUGUCAACUCACCACGACGACAAUGUACAAAGCUCACCAGAACAAGCAAAUCAGGCUUGGACCACUCAAUUGAAAACGGAACUUGGAAUUGGACUGCACGAUGCACCUGGGCUCGGAUUGUCACCAGUACCAAGUGUUGCGCCCGUUCAAACAAUGCCAGAUCCAGGAGUGGAAUUUGUUGGAGCUAAACCAACGAAUAUCCAUGACUACUCGUUUGGAUUUGUUGACGCUCCUCCAAGCCCUCAAAUUCCUCCAACCGAACCAUCAGCUGCAUCGAUCUCAACAAACAAUAGUGAAAACCUGUUUAACUCCUCCCGAAUCAUCCCGAAACAAGUUGAGCCAGAAAGGACGUCACUUCCUAAUGGUGAUUACAAUUUGAAAUCAUCUUCACCUCCACUCGGAUAUGGUCAAACGAAUAGAGGCCUGUCCUACGACACCUCGUCUGCUUCAUAUCCACCAACAGAUCGGCUGUCAUCGAAUAAGUCGCAGUUCCCGAACCCUGGUCAGCUUCCGUCGCAGCAAUCUACACAGCAACAGCCACAACAGCAGCAGCCUCAGCAAGCGACCCAACAGCAACAGCAGACACCUCCAGCCCAGCCUCAACAAACUGGACAUCCACAGCAUCCACAGCACAUGCUUUUCACUCCUCAAAUGCCUUAUGGCUACAUGAACUCAUACAUGAACAUGUACAGCCCAAUGCCAGGAGUUCGUGAUGAGCAAUACGCUGCUCUUAUGCAGUAUGGAAUGGGAGUAGACUUGGCGAACUUGUCGACGAUUCUUCCACAGUCUGCUGCUUUGUCACAAACUGCUAGUGCGCAACAAGUUCCAUCAGGGCAACAACGAGAAACUCAUGGUCUCAUGGACUUUAAUAAGUUCGGAUCACAAACUUCUCGUGAUCAACAGCCACAGCAGCCGUCAAAUGUUGGACCUCCACCUGGAUUCCAAGCAACCAACUACAUGCAACAGCCGAACUUGUCUUCAUUGUUCAUGCAGCAGCCAUACCCAACUGCUCCACAUACAUUCGGUUUCAUGAACAUGAUGCCAAAUGUUGGAAGUAAUGCUGGAGGACGUCAGAUGUAUGGACAGGACGACGACCGCAAGAGUUACGAUAAGAUGGCUGGAUCGAAGCCGGCAGCUCAGCCGAAUCAACAUUCGCAGUACCAGCACAAUGGUGGAAAUCUCGGAAAAUAUGGCAACAUGAAUAAUAAGCCGUACAACUGGGGAAACUAA